AUGAAGACUCAAGUGUUGAUCACCAUACUGCUGUGCCUCGCGCUGGCCCACUCCGCGCAAGCAUCAAGCAGCAAUUUCGAGAAAUACGCCGUGCGCAACUCCGUCCGCAGCGGCAGCGCGCACCGACUGAGGUGGCGCAAGCUGACAGAGCUUCCCACUUGCGUCAACCAAACACUCUGCGGAUCACUGUGCGUAGACAUCUUGACCGACAUUAACAACUGUGGCGUGUGCUCCAACUUCUGCGACCUCACCCAAACCUGCUGCAACGGCACCUGCAUCAACCCCAACACCAACAACGCCCACUGCGGCGCCUGCGGUGCCAGGUGCCCAGGCACCUGCGCCGCGGGUGUGUGCAACUACGGCGGGGUGACCUCCUCACCUGGGAACGGCAAUGGUGGAGCUGGCAAUGGUCUUGCUGGUAAUGGGAACAAUGGUGCUGGCCCCGUCGUCCCCCCUACGGGUGGUUCUGGCCCUGUCGUCCCUGGUACUGGUGGUCCUGCUGCUGGUGGCCCAGGGAAGACUGGAAAGCCCUAA